AAUUUCGGGAUGGGACAAGUGGAUUCUCUUGGGAGGUUCUACAGCUUCCGAGAUCUGGAAGGUCCACCCGGCAGCUGCGAUUAUGUCGUGUCCCGUGAUAGCACUGGUGCUUUCUCGAAAGUUCUGCACAGCUUUCUCGGGAAAAAUCAGGGACUUCUCGUAGAAAGACGCUCGAGUAAUGGUUUAGUAUGGUUACUACAAGUUCUCCAUGGCGAACUUUUCGCAGCGACAAGUGCAGCCUUAAGACCAGAUCCUGACUCUUGGGGCAGCUCAGGUAAGGCUUUUUCUAUAGAAAUUGACGGUUUUGCGGUACUUCUUUUUGUGAUGGCGUUUGCCACGAGAUUUUACAGACUAGACGAACCUCGGCAUAUUGUAUUCGACGAGCUGCACUACGGAAAAUUUGCUCAGAUGUACCAAAAACAGGCAUUCUUCUUUGACUCUCAACCACCUCUUGGAAAGCAGCUUGUUGCUCUCGCAGUGCGAUUUUCCGGCAUUGGAGAUGCUGCGUUGAAUUACACGUUUACAAAAAUCGGGGCUCCAUAUGCUCCGGAUAUGCCAGUAUUUGCCAUGCGGUUCGUCCCUGCUCUUUGUGGAUGCAUUCUUGUGCCAAUAAUUUACCACCUGGUAGUGGAAAUGGGCUUCUCGCAUUUUGCUGCUGGCAUAGCAGCUCUGCUUGUGUUGUUUGAUGCUGCGUUGAAUUACACGUUUACAAAAAUCGGGGCUCCAUAUGCUCCGGAUAUGCCAGUAUUUGCCAUGCGGUUCGUCCCUGCUCUUUGUGGAUGCAUUCUUGUGCCAAUAAUUUACCACCUGGUAGUGGAAAUGGGCUUCUCGCAUUUUGCUGCUGGCAUAGCAGCUCUGCUUGUGUUGUUUGAUAACGGUCUCCUGUGCCAAAGUAGAUUCGUGCUUAUGGAAUCCCAGUUGUUGCUUUUUGCUGCUGUCGGCCUGUUAUUUGUGCUGAAAAUCACUCAUCGGAAGCCCAGUAAUAGUGACUAUUUUUCCGCUUCGUGGUGGCUGUCCCUGGUCUUUGGGAUUGGAUUUCUCGCUUGUGCCGUGUGUGUGAAGUUCGUGGGGUUCUUCUCGCUGUGUUUGGGCGCGGCGGCGCUUGCGAGGUUUCUCUGGCGUCACGUGCCGGAUAAGUCGAUAAGUUCUGGCACUUUGGUUCGACACGCUGCUAUUUUUUGCGCUGCUUUUGUCGUGGUACCGCUGCUGGUUUAUUUGACUUGCUUCUAUGUGCACUUGAGUGUGCUGACGAAAGCUGGCCCGCACGACAACGUCAUGACGUCGCAUUUUCAGUCGUCUUUGGAGGGUGGACUUGCAGCAGUGAUUCAGAAUCAGCCUCUGGAAAUCGUUCACGGAAGUCAGAUAACGUUGAGACACACGUUUGGACGCCCUUGCUGGAUGCAUUCCCACGAAGACACCUAUCCCAUAAAAUAUCCAGACGGCCGGGGUUCCUCGCAUCAGCAGCAAGUCACCUGCUACUCUUUUAAGGAUGUCAAUAACUGGUGGAUCGUAAAGCGACCCGAACGAAAUGAUUUAGUUGUAUCCGAGCCCAGAGACCGAAUCAAGCAUGGAGACAUCAUCCAACUCGUCCAUGGUCUGUCUUCUCGUGCUUUGAACGCUCACGACGUCGCCGCUCCUUUGUCUCCGCAACACCAAGAAGUAUCCUGCUACAUUGAUUACAACAUCAGCAUGCCUGCCCAGAUUUUGUGGAGGGUAGAAAUCGUUAACCGAGACAAGGUCGGCGAUUUCUGGCACACCGUGGAAUCGCAAGUGCGACUGAUUCACGUGAAUUCGACCCAAGGUUUGAAAGUCAGCGGGAAACAAUUGCCCGAAUGGGGUUAUAAUCAAUACGAAGUAGUUACUGACCGCGUAAUCAAUCAGCUGGAUACUGUGUGGAACGUAGAGGAGCAUCGACACACAAGAAAUCAAGCCCAAAAGGACCGGGAACGAGAACUGAUACUCCACGAAAUGAUACCCAUGGAACCCACGAAACUCAGCUUUUGGGAGAAGAUGCUGGAGCUGCAGUUGAAGAUGCUGCUGCUGGGCUCUGACAGUCCGCAGCAACACAUGUACAUGAGCAGUCCGUUGGAGUGGCCCUUUUUGACCCGCGGGAUCGCCUACUGGAUUUCCGUGGAAUCCAAUGCCCAGAUCCACUUGCUCGGGAAUGUACUGGUGUGGUACACGGGCACGUUCGCCUUGGUCUUGUACUUCUUGCUCUUGGUGUUUUAUUUGAUGCGACGACGAAGGAAUUGCUACGACAUUCCUGAAGAUGUGUGGCAGCAGUUCCGGUUCUCCGGGGAAGUUCUAGGAGCUGGAUAUUUGAUGCACUUCGUGCCUUACUUUUUGGCAGACCGGACCCUUUUCCUGUAUAACUACUUUCCAGCAUUGCUCUUCAAGUUGCUUGUAGCUGCAGCGGUAUUUGAUCACUUCCGUGUGCUUCUAACAUUGGCUGGCAGCAAGAAAUUACAAAUCCUUGCCAAGACAUCUGCGGUCGUCAUUUUGAUGGGAAUCGCGUUUGUAUUUUUCAAAUUCUUGCCGCUCUCUUAUGGCCUGACCGAGUUGACAAAGGAUCAGGUGGAGAACCUGAGAUGGAAAGAUACGUGGGAUUUGAUUGUACACAAAAAGUGAAAAAGACAAUUUAAUUUUUCGAGUAAUUUUUUUUGAGAAAAAAAUAACCCAUAGAGAUCUGUUUUAUUUUUCCAUCAAGAGAUUGUUUGUGGUGCAUGUUUGAGCUUCGCUUUUGUUUUGUUUUUUUUCGUAAGUGAUUUGAAAGCGCAUUUAUAGCUCAUGCUCAUGCGACGAAGCUGCUUGAGGUUGUAAAUCCAAAUUUUUCUUGGGGUGACACUUGGGAACGGAAACAUUCCAAAUUCUUUGAUCGAAUGAAUCUAUUGUUUGUUAUUUGGAUCUUGUGGGAUUUUCCCGUUGCUUUGUGAUGAAACCUUGUUUUUGUUGGUUUUGGUUGGAUAUUGCAUUUACGUUACUCAGGA